AAAAUAAUUAUUUUAUAAAUAUUAAUUAAUAUAGUUAUUAGCGAUGCCUGUUGAUCACAAAAGAAUUAAUGGCCCCGAAGUUUCUACACCUUAUAUAAUAUAUUCAAAGUCCAAUAUUAAAUCAAAUCAUGAAAACCUUUAUGAUAUACUUAACCUACAAAAAUUGAGGAAAGACGGAAGAACGCCUGAUAAACACAGGAAAGUUUACCUUAGAGCUGGAAUAGUGAAUAAAGCUAAAGGUUCAGGAUAUAUCGAGGUUGGCGAUACUAAAGUUAUAGCAUCAGUAUUUGAUCCAAGAGAAAUACCACGAAAGAAUGAAUUUAGUGUACGAGGGCAGUUAUAUUGUGAGUUCAAAUAUGGAUCAUUCUCUUGUAUUCGAAGAAGACAACUUAUGCCGGAUGCAGAAGAGAAAGCGUUAUCUUCUGCUCUUUGCAGAGCUCUUCAGCCUGCAGUUUGCUUGCAUGAAUUCCCCAAUUUUCAGGUUGAUGUUUUCGUAUUAGUAUUAGAAAAUGCAGGAUCAUGUCUUUCAGCAGCAAUAACUUGUGCGGGCUUGGCCUUAGCCGAUGCAGGUGUUCCUAUGUAUGAUUUAGUUACUGCAGCAACUGUCGGGGUAUCUGGGAAUACAAUAGUUGUUGAUCCAACAGAUUGGGAAGAAAAUAUAUGCAGUGCAACAAUAAAAGAAAAAUCCGAAGAAAAUACAGAGCACGGUGUAAUAGUUCUGGCUAUGCUUCCAGCAAUGCAGCAAGUAUCAGAAUUGUAUCAUAACGGUUGUCUAGAAUUUGAAACAUUAGGAAAAGCCACAGAUACUCUGGUUGAAGUAAACAAGACGAUAGUGCCAAUAGUUCAGCAAAGUUUAGUUAAAGAAGUGACAAAAUUAUUAGAAGAUAAAGCUAAACUGGAAGUGAAGUAG